AGCUGCGGCGGGCAGGUAGACGGCUACCUGGUAACCUGGGCCUGGCCCGGGAGGCUUGGGCGCGCGCAGCCAGCCCCGGCCACGCCAGGGACCGAGGGACUCAGGCAGGGGCGGCCGCCGGCGGGAGGGGAGGCUGGGCGAGGGGCCUCCGCCCGCUCACCAUGGUCGAGGGACGCUUCUCCAAGUUUCUGAAGAAACUCGCCUUCUCGGGCGCGGGCCACCAGUACCAGCUGCUGGAGAGGGGCGAGUUGGAAACCUUGAUUGAUGGACAAAAUGAGUUGAAAGCCAUCGAGAAAGAGAAGACGGUGGUCGCUCUGCCACCCAAGGAAGCAAGCAAAUGCCACAGAGAGGAUCUGGCCGAAGCAUUUUAUGUGGAUUUACAGAACGGGCUGUCAGAGUUCUCGGUGACACAGCGCAGGCUGGUCCAUGGCUGGAAUGAGUUUGUCGCUGAUCACACAGAACCCGUGUGGAAGAAAUAUCUCGAUCAGUUUAAGAACCCCCUGAUCCUGCUGCUUCUGGCCUCUGCCUUGGUGAGCGUCCUGACGAAGAAUUACGAGGAUGCCAUCAGCAUCGCCAUGGCCGUGCUGAUCGUGGUCACCGUCGCCUUCAUCCAGGAGUACAGGUCGGAGAAAUCUCUGGAAGAGCUGACCAAGCUGGUACCUCCCGAAUGUAACUGCAUAAGAGAAGGGAAGCUCCAGCAUCUUCUUGCUCGAGACCUGGUGCCUGGAGACAUCGUGUCUCUCUCCAUCGGAGACCGGAUCCCUGCAGACAUCCGUCUCACAGAGGUCACAGACCUCCUGGUGGACGAGUCCAGUUUCACGGGAGAAGCCGAGCCGAGCAGUAAGACGGACACCCCGCUGACGGGCGCGGGCGACCUCACCUCCCUGAGCAACAUUGUCUUCAUGGGGACCCUGGUGCAGUACGGGAAGGGACAGGGCGUCGUGAUCGGAACAGGAGAAAGAUCCCAGUUCGGAGAAGUGUUUAAGAUGAUGCAGGCUGAAGAGACGCCUAAAACUCCUCUACAAAAAAGCAUGGACAAACUGGGGAAGCAAUUGACACUUUUCUCAUUCGGCAUAAUUGGCCUGAUCAUGUUCACGGGCUGGCUGCAAGGGAAGCAUCUCCUCAACAUGUUCACCAUCGGGGUCAGCCUGGCUGUGGCCGCCAUUCCCGAGGGUCUGCCCAUCGUCGUCACAGUUACGCUGGUCCUGGGAGUGCUGCGGAUGGCCAGGAAGCGGGUCAUUGUGAAGAAGCUGCCGAUCGUGGAGACUUUAGGUUGCUGCAAUGUCAUCUGUUCUGAUAAGACGGGAACUCUGACUGCCAAUGAAAUGACUGUCACCCAACUUGUGACGUCUGACGGGCUCCACGCUGAGGUCAGCGGAGUUGGCUACAACGGCCAAGGGACUGUCUGUCUUUUACCCUCAAAGGAAGUCAUUAAGCAGUUUUCCAACGUCUCAGUGGGGAAAUUAGUGGAGGCAGGCUGUGUCGCCAACAACGCCAUCAUCAGAAAAAACGCCGUGAUGGGGCAGCCCACGGAGGGCGCCUUGAUGGCUCUGGCCAUGAAGAUGGGCUUAAGUGAUAUUAAAGAUUCAUACAUGCGAAAAAAAGAGAUUCCAUUCAGUUCGGAGCAGAAGUGGAUGGCGGUCCAAUGCAGCCCCAAGAAUGAAGAGCGGGAAGACAUCUACUUCAUGAAGGGGGCCUUCGAGGAAGUGAUUCGUUACUGUACCAUGUACAACCAUGGGGGUAUCCCCCUGCCGCUGACGCCCCAGCAGCGAGCCUUCUGCCAGCAGGAGGAGAAGAUGAUGGGGUCGCUCGGCCUGCGGGUGCUGGCCCUGGCUUCUGGGCCCGAGCUGGGGAAGCUGACAUUUCUGGGUCUCAUCGGAAUCAUCGACCCUCCGAGGGCUGGCGUGGAAGAAGCGGUCCACGUUCUCUCUGAUUCGGGCUUGUCCGUGAAAAUGAUAACGGGAGAUGCUCUGGAGACGGCCUUGGCGAUAGGAAGAAACAUCGGCCUGUGCAACGGGAAGCUGAGCGCCAUGUCCGGGGAAGAGGUGGAAAGUGCCCAGCAGGGCGAGCUGGCCGAGCGCGUCGGGAAGGUGUCUGUCUUCUUCAGGACCAGCCCAAAGCACAAACUCAAAAUCAUCAAGGCUUUGCAGGAGUCGGGGGCGAUCGUGGCCAUGACGGGGGACGGGGUGAACGAUGCGGUCGCCCUGAAGUCAGCGGACAUUGGGAUUGCCAUGGGGCAGACAGGGACGGACGUCAGCAAGGAGGCCGCCAACAUGAUCCUGGUGGACGAUGACUUCUCAGCCAUCAUGAAUGCGGUGGAGGAAGGCAAGGGGAUUUUUCAUAACAUCAAGAACUUUGUCCGAUUUCAGCUGAGCACGAGCAUCUCGGCCUUGAGCCUCAUCACUCUGUCCACCGUGUGCAACCUGCCCAGCCCCCUCAAUGCCAUGCAGAUCCUGUGGAUCAACAUCAUCAUGGAUGGGCCGCCGGCGCAGAGCUUGGGGGUAGAGCCGGUCGACAGGGACACCCUCAGGCAGCCGCCACGUAACAUCAAGGACGUGAUACUCGGCAGAGCCCUCAUCCUGAAGAUCCUCCUGUCGGCCGCCACUAUCAUCAGCGGGACCCUCUUCAUCUUCUGGAAAGAGAUGCCCGAAGACAAGGCAAGCACCCCGCGCACCACGACCAUGACCUUCACCUGUUUCGUGCUCUUCGACCUCUUCAACGCCUUGACCUGCCGCUCCCAGACCAAGCUGAUAUUCGAGAUCGGCUUCCUCAGGAACCGCACGUUCCUCUACUCCGUGCUCGGGUCUGUCCUGGGGCAGCUGGCGGUGAUAUACCUGCCGCCCCUGCAGAAGGUCUUCCAGACGGAGAACCUGGGGGCGCUCGAUCUAUUGCUUUUAACCGGAUUGGCCUCCUCCGUGUUCAUUUUGUCAGAGCUCUUCAAACUAUGUGAAAAAUUCUGCUCCAGAGCCAAGAAAGCCCAGAUCCACCAGGAAGAUGUAUAGUGGACCCCGACCCAUGUAAAAUCCCCUAAAUCUAUAUUUUUAUGUGACUGUGGCCCUCCCCCUGCCCUGCCUCUUCCGAGAGGUGCUUUCAGGACACCGUGGCGUCAGGUCACUCACCUGGCUAUUCCUGGGAAGCCGGCGGGGAGCUUGGGCCCAGCCUUGCAUCCAUCCACCAUUCUGUCCCGCCAGGCCCUGGGACAAACAGUGAAGGACCUGCACAGAAAACAAACACCUCACUAUUUAUUAAAUCACAAUGAUUUUUAUUAA